CAAUUAUUUUAGUUGUAAUGGAGUGUUUCGCUAUGUUGUAGGUUUUUUUUAACAUAUGUAAAUAACCUGAAUCCUUCUUAGUAACAUGGUGUGGCGUCGUGUCAGUUAGGCUAGAGCGCGCGCGCUGUGCCUGGCGCAGCCUGGUUGUGUGCCCCACAGUCUGCGGUCCUCCUGAACUCUGAGUGGUGCUGUCUCGCCUCUGUCGCCCUGUAACAACGGCCUUCUAUCGCGUUUCUCGGACUGACCGGGCCCUUUGCAGCCGCCGCACAUUGGCCCCGAGCCGGGCUGAAUCCCACCGUAGACCCGGCAGGUGCGACUGUGGUGCUCCACCGGAUAACGGCGGCCAACGGCUCUCCCCUGAAUGCUGGUUCUAUGGACUGCUCCGCGGAAAAGCCCGGGCUGUGAUGAAACCCUAAACCCAGUGUGACACGCACAAGCCUCUGCUCAUCAUUAGCGAGCCCGUCCUGCGUUACAACUUUGCCUUUCUGUCUCUGUGCGGAGAUAACGUGAGAUUACCGGAGGUGAGGCUGGUGAAAUUAUUGUUUGGGGGAGGGUGACGCGCACUUCGUAGAUCUUGCGCUGCCAGACGAGGAAGUGAGGCUUCAUACACGCCCAUUUCAGCCUGUCGACCCUGCUAAAAAGCCAGUUCAUCUGAUAACAGCAACAGACUUUAUAAACAUGCGUCCACUUUCGGAUGGACGAGACCGGGAGUAACCUGCACGACGACGCUGAUUACCGGAGUGUGCUCCAGUUUUGCACAAUGGACAGGGAGCUGGUUCAGAGCCAGUCAGACCACCAAGAGUCCACAAAUGGAACCAGUUCUCAGACCUCCACCACCACCCCCGACUCCACUGCCCCUACGACCCCCACCCCUCCUCGGCUGACCCCAAACCCCAUGCUCCUAGACUCCCCUGCGCCCACGUUAACGCCCACCACCUCCUCCCCUCCACCUCCUCUCACCCCUGCUCCUUCUGUUUCUGCAAACCAUGGUGCAAAAGCGGCAGCUGGUGCUCCAUCUCCCCACAUCCUGGUUUCUGCCCCUCCCAAGCUCACCUCCACCACAACCCCUGCCCUCCGCACAUACUCCCGCCCGAUCCUUCCCUCCAUGACAGGUGUCUCCAAAACACCUCCCACCACACAAACCUCUGCUUGUCUCCCUCCAUCCACUGCUUCCCCUUCCUCCUCCACUGCUAUAGCCAGCACAGCCUCCCCCCUCCUCUCCUCCUCUUCCUCUGCAACACACAGCAACACCAUGUCAACCAAGACCUCCACCAGCCUGACCAACGGGAAUAUGAGGCCUGUAUCGACGCUGACCUCUACACCAAUAACGCCCUUUCAUACACCAGCCAGUCCAGCUGUCAGACAGGUAACACUCGCAACAGGUAACACUCGCAGCUAG